AUGGCGGACCUUUUAAAUUCCCUGUCAGGUUUAUCAGCGAUUCAGAAUGAGAAGUGCCAAUAUAGGAAUGUUACACUUCGUUCUGGUCGUGACAGCUCGGUGAAGGAGGGAGGAGUGGUGGUAUCACGACCUCCCUUGGUGAGGAGUCGUACCUUGCCAGCUAUAGUCGUACCAGGAGUCACCGUACUGCAGACAGCGUUAGAUGCCUCCGACCGACGAGACUCGACGAGCGGCGACAGAACGAGUCCUGGACGUGUUUCGUGCGGCGAUGUGGAGCUCCUCGGCCUGUCCCCCACGUCCGGCUCCCCCGGGGGUCUCAAGGUACCCGGGGCCGUCGCCGCAACCUCGGGGGGUCUCGGCAGGAUCGCUCGGCUGCUCGUGAAGGACCCCUCGCGCUCGGGGGAGGACUCGUUCAGGAGGAGGACCCACUCGUUGGAGAGCAAAAAUGGCGUCCCUCCACUCCGCCGCGCAGCCAGCAUCGACUCCCUCGUCGACACCUCCUCCAACAACAACAACAACAACAAGAGUGCCUCAAGUACGAGCUUCAGCACAGCCAAGUCCAACGGGCACUUGAGGUCGUACUUGCCCGUGUCUCCGGCGCUGAUCAAGAGACCCAGUUUCAAGUUCGACAAGUCGGCGGCCGCGUCUUCAGGUAAGUCCGACGUCCUGUGUCUGAUUUUUUUUUUUUUUUUGAUUUUUUUUUGAAUUUUGAAUUUGAGAACCACGGGAAGAGGAAGAGGG